CUGUUUGACGCCCGCUGAACACCGCCCGCCUAGCGCCAUUUUGAAAUGCGGGGAGAGGCAGAGGAGGCGAGGGAAAUCUCAAAGUAGAGUGCAAAGUCUAACAUGCAGCGCUGAGGAUUGUAGUUUACUUUCUUUCAUUUAAAACCAGUUUCUCGCCGUCUAUAGCAACGGGGACGACGGAUUGUGCGGUCUUCGGAGUUAACACGAGCAGCAGAUCUACCGGGUUACUCCUCCGCUGCUCCUCGGUCAGAACCACCCAGCAGACCCGGGUCAGCACGGCUCCAGCCCAGGGCCCGAGCCCGAUACACGGAUCUCUCCCCUCCGUCUGAGUCACUCACCAUGGCAGGGGCCGGUGGUGGGAACAGUGAUGUGCAGUGGUGCUUCUCCCAAGUCAAAGGAGCGAUAGACGACGAUGUGGCGGAAGCUGACAUCAUAUCUACUGUUGAAUUCAACCACUCUGGGGAGCUACUUGCCACUGGGGACAAGGGGGGUCGUGUUGUCAUCUUUCAGCAGGAGCCAGAGAGUAAGAAUCAGCCACAGUGCAGAGGAGAGUACAAUGUUUACAGCACCUUCCAGAGCCAUGAACCUGAAUUUGACUACCUAAAAAGCCUUGAGAUCGAGGAGAAGAUCAACAAGAUUCGAUGGUUGCCUCAGCAGAAUGCAGCACAGUUCCUUUUGUCUACAAAUGACAAAACUAUAAAGCUGUGGAAAAUUAGUGAGCGUGACAAGAGACCAGAGGGCUACAAUCUGAAGGAAGAAGAUGGGCGCUACAGAGAUCUCAAUACUGUCACAACACUACGGGUACCAGUAUUCAGGCCCAUGGACUUGAUGGUGGAAGCCAGCCCAAGACGAGUGUUUUCAAAUGCUCACACCUACCAUAUCAACUCCAUCUCUGUCAACAGUGAUUGUGAGACGUACUUGUCUGCAGAUGACCUGCGCAUCAACCUAUGGAAUCUGGAGAUCAACGAUCGCAGCUUUAAUAUUGUUGACAUUAAGCCAGCCAAUAUGGAGGAGCUGACGGAGGUGAUCACGGCAGCGGAGUUCCACCCCAACCAAUGUAACACUUUUGUCUACAGCAGCAGCAAGGGCACCAUCCGCUUGUGUGACAUGAGGGCAUCGGCACUGUGUGACAACCACGCCAAACAGUUUGAAGAGCCAGAGGAUCCAAACAAUCGUUCAUUCUUUUCUGAAAUCAUCUCAUCCAUCUCUGAUGUAAAGUUCAGCCACAGUGGACGCUACAUGAUGACCCGAGACUACCUGUCCGUCAAAAUCUGGGAUCUCAACAUGGAGUCCCGGCCAGUAGAGACAUAUCAGGUGCAUGAAUAUCUCAGGAGUAAACUGUGUUCCCUCUAUGAGAAUGACUGCAUCUUCGACAAGUUUGAGUGCUGUUGGAAUGGGAACGACAGCGUCGUGAUGACCGGUUCCUACAACAACUUCUUCAGGAUGUUUGAUAGAGGCUAUCGGCAGGACGUCACCCUGGAGGCGUCGCGGGAGAACAGCAAGCCACGAUCCGUCCUGAAACCUCGCAAAGUAAGCACAGGUGGGAAGCGCAAAAAGGAUGAGAUCAGUGUAGACAGUCUGGACUUUAACAAGAAGAUCCUCCACACUGCCUGGCAUCCUCUGGACAACAUCAUUGCUGUGGCCACCACCAACAAUCUGUACAUAUUCCAGGAAAAACUGAACUAGCAUUUGUUGAACCGCUCCGAUCUGUUUCAGCUUGAGCCCUACUACUCUGAUACACGUAUACAACCAAUAUCUGUAUGUCUUUGCCUAAAUCCCCAAAUCUUGAUAUGAUCUGCCCUCUGUGACUUUAGUAUUGAAUGUGACAAGACUUGGUCUGUGGCAUAAACACAGUACACCCAAGCAGGCCAUCGCAAGGACAUGAUCCAUGUGCAUUACAAAUAUAAACACACAGGGUUUGUUGAGUCCAGAAUUUGGGAUUUAGUGUCAAGGGUUUUAUCCAUAAGGAGCACUCAGUUCUCUAAGCUACUGUUUGCAAAUCCACUACAUCGCAAACCAAAGGGGAAAUGUGUUUAAUACACAUGUUUGGCUAAACCGUUUCAUUAUUCUGUUGUGCCAUCGUGACAUGAUUCAUGUGUAUGUCUUAGCUACCAGAUAUCAAGAUUCUGUAGCUACCAUGUUUAAUUAGUUUGAAUAGGAAAUUAUUUCUACUGUUUAUACGUCUUUCUGUCGCCAAGUUCCUUUUCGUGCUGGCCUGAAACACUGCUAAUACAAGCUGUCAACACUCCAUAUUUGCCCCAAGUAUUUGUCAAGUUGCCAAGCUCACUCACCACUUCUUUCCUAAUGUACAGUACGGUUAUUCCGUUAAAGGACUAUUCUCAUGUUUUAUCAGGUUUUAGCUCAUUCUCUGCAAAAAGAUGAACUUGCAUUACUUCUAACUUUGUCCACAGCGUACCAAUAUUUAUUAGGCAGUCUAUAUUCAUUCUCUACAGUAAGAAAGUCAACUUACUUGAAACUGACAUGUAUUCCAUCACAGUUAACUUUUUGUUAAAGUAAUUUUUCAGUGAUAACGCAGUUGCAUGUGGGAAAACUCCGGCAUACCGUAACAUCUGAUACUGAAAGUUAAGUUACCUUAAAUCAGAAAGAAACAAUGGUAUUCCACUUUUUAAAACAUUCAUGUUUCUUAAUGUUAGUCUCCGGAUAUAUUUUCUGAUACAAUAGCUUGUAAAUGUAUUGGCUGUUAACAAGCUGAAGCUCUCAAUUGUAAUGCUGGAGUGUCCUCAACAUAUCAGCAUCAGGUUUUCAAACCAAUCCCUGGUCUCAGGUACAUUACUAAAGUUCAACUGAAUGUUCACUAAUGGAUCACUUUUCUCGAGCAAGUUUCAAGCCUGUAAGUUGACUUUCAUUGUGCAUUGAAAUGACUACAUUUAGGAAAAUGGUAAGCAGUAUUGUCUUUAUAAUUUCUAGUUAUUGGCCAAAAACGUUCAUUUAUAAAAAUCAAAACACCAAUGUAGUCCUUUUAACACGGUCACAAAGGUGGCGUCAGGUAUUGGGGGUUUGGGAGUUGAAUGAGGGCUAAUCAUGCCAAAGUAACCAGUCCUAUAGACUCUAGUUUUAUUCAUUUAAAGCCGUCUUGCAGACAAGGUGACUCUGGUCAUAUGUGGACUACCAUUUAAAGCUCAGGACAAAAGCUUAUAGUUGGGAGGGCAAAAUGGCAUGACGUUGCCUAAUUCUCUUGUGGUCAGUGGCACCAAAAUUGAGUACUGCUGCCAACUUCCCCACAAAGCCUGUCGUGUUGUUGCAGAUUGAUCGAUCGCUUUAAUCUCUGGGUCUAGUUUCUGUUGGAAGAGGGUUUUUUUUUUAUGAUGUUUUGUACUGUACCUGAUGAUAAAAGAAGAAUAAUCACUAUAGCUGAUUUAUUUUUGUAUAAAUUAAGGCAAUAGGAUUACAGUCUGAUCACUGUAGUUUCUUUAGCUGUCUAUCUCAGACUGAUUGUAGAUGGAAGGUCACCUGAUGCGGUAACCUUUUUUGUCGUGACUUCGGGACAUUUUGUUCAUUCAGGCGGGUAUUUUCUUUAAAAGCUAGAGACUUUUGUGACAUCAAGGGAGUGUGAGGUUUCUCUCGUGGGAUGUCCAAAGACAUACUUUCGGGUGUCAGUACCUCUGUAGUCAUAAGCACUACAACAGUUUAUUUUUUUAAUUUGGCUGGCUGUAAAUGAUGUUUAUGUAGAACUUAUUUGGAUGCUUCAGAGUUAGAUUCUGAGUUAAUUUGGAUCUUAACGUUCUGUUUUUGUGCCAUGGAUUUUGUUCUUUAAUCAUCUUUUUGCUCGCUGUGAAAUAAUAGGCCCUCGUGGGUCUAAACAGGAAAGACAUUUUAAAUCGACACGUAAUGUUAAAACUGUUAAAGCUAGUUUUCUGUAAAGCUAGUAAACUCAGUUGACCAUGCAGAGUUACUGAUUUUGAAUUAUUGUAUGAAAUGUCUUCUCUCCUGUGAGGUGGGAGGAUACAGACUUGUUUAUUUAAAAAGGAGACUUUGUGAAGCACUUGGUUUGCAGAUGAUUGUUUAAUGUAAGUGGUCAUAAAUGACUGUAUUGAACAUUGGGGGAAAAAAAUACUUUAAAAAAUGAACUUUGCUGUUUCUCUGCUACAUUCGUAUUCAUUCACACGCUGCAGAUGUUCUCUCCAGGAGACGACAGGUUGAUAAUAGCACAGCUUUCCACUCUCCACCACUGUUUUGAUGACAGAUUAAGCCAUUGAAUCCGGAAACGAAGCAUAUUGGUCCACAGGAUCAUUAUGUAAGGUAAUAUGUCACUCCACCUUUUAGAGAAUUGACUUCCCAUCACUGGGAUGCCACCAAAAUACCCACCCAACUUCAUACGGUGGUGUUUCGCUCUGGUUGAGUGUCGCACUCUCAGGGCUUUGGGUAAAGUCCUGUAGUAAUGAGACCUUUUGCAAAUCUUUCAAUUUUCCUUUUCUUUAUUGUCUGAUGCAAGUUUUUGUGAGGGUCAUUCAAGUAGUUUUCCUCAUGUCAUAUAUGUAUGAACCUGUAUAAUGUGGCACCUUUGUCCCAUUCCACGGUCAAGGAUUGUCCAAUCAAUUAGUCGAUCAACAAGGAGAGCUCUCCAUUCAAAAUAUGAGAUCAGUGAUCUCAUAUUGUCCUAUCAUUCAUUAAAAGGAAGCAUUUACUCACUCACUCUCUGUUAAAUAACUAUUGUUCUUACAACCUGUUCGAAGAUUUGAGAAACGUUUUGAGAAUACAAAAACACUGUAUAAAAAUUGAGACCAGAAUUGGCACGUUUUGUUUACAACAGAAAGAUAUUAUGAGGUAACAUUAGCUUUUUAAAAAUUCCCUUUUUUGCAGACCCGGCAGAAGUGGUCUGCAAAACGAUCACUGGCAUUCAUGAGAAAUACCUAACCAUUAAUCUCCACUUUCCCCUCAUAUUGUCUUCAUAGCUGUUGUUCAAGGCUAUGUGGUAAUCCACAAAGACGUUCAGAAGAACCCUAAUGCCUUUCUAGAAGAUAAUCAAGUAUGUUUCUUGAACUUUCUGGCGUGCCAGACAGGAGACUGCUCAGGGGAAUUUACCGCUGCUCUGUGAUCAAAACCUUUUACCUUAACAAAAAAAAAAAGCAGCUUUUCAGGACUUUAUUAAAAACAGCCUUAUUUAAAAGUAGAUCAUACACUUUUUGAAAUAAUAGUUGCUAUAAUGUUUUUUGAACGUCAGAAAAACUUGCUCUACACACAAGGGUUGAUGAAAGUGCAAAGAAACGGCCUAAAUUUGAGUUAUGAGGUUUUUUCCACUUGAAGCAGCAUAAUAUACAUGUCUAAUGUAACACAGGAGUUAAAACAAAAUGCACUUUUUAUUUUUGUGAAUUUCAUUAAUUUGUAUGUUUUUGUUAGUUUCUUUCGAGGGACUCUUGAAUAAAGAUUAUGGGAGAGUUUGGGGGGGUAAACAAACUACAAAUGGUUCAUUGUACAGCUAUGUUUGUCUUUGUCAAAUGGAAUAAAGAACAAUUUAGAUGAAAAGUAAUAAAGAAUUUCCAACCUGAAUUCUGAA